AUGGGGGACGAUCCUGCAAGGCUGUACCGGUUGGACUGGGUUGCUCAUAUAGCCGGGGACAUCAACGACGAGCCACAGCGAUGCAUCAGGAGCAUGCGGCAGCAACAAGGCAUGCCACUCGAUGAGCGUUAUGUUCCCUACUUGCAGAUGGUCGGGUUAUACCAUCUGGCUAGGCUGAAUGAUAGAUGGUUCCGGUUAGAUGAGUCCCUUGUCAGCGCCUUCGUCAGGCGGUGGCGUCCUGAGACGCACACCUUCCAUAUGCCCUUCGGAGAGUGCACGAUCAUGCUUCAGGACGUGGCGUACCAGUUGGGGUUGGCAGUGGACGGACGUUAUGUCAGCGGUUGCCUUACAGAUUUCCAUAUGUAUAUCGAGGGUGGACGUCCAGCUUGGGUGUGGUUCGAGGAGUUGCUUGGAGUGAUUCCUCCUCCGAGCCAGGUUCAGAAGUUCGCAGUAAACUGCACCUGGUUCCAAGAGACUUUCGGAGAGUGCCCCGAGGGAGCCGAUGAAGAGACUGUGCGGCGCUUUGCUCGUGCAUAUAUCAUGAUGUUGUUGGGCACUCAGCUGUUUACCGACAAGUCCGGUGUAAACCCCGGUUAA